GAACUACACGUUUCUGUUUUAUGGCUUAAAGCAGCAGUCAGACCAAAUACAAAUGAAAUUUACUUGGCAGAAAAGGCAGUUCACUGAAGGGGAAAUGACAUAGAUGUGCAUUUAUGCUUCUGGUAGUGAGUACUUUUGUGCAGGAGCAGACUCAGCGUGGUGGAUUCCUGUGGGCUUGGGGCUCUUUACCUACACCAUGAUAUAAAUCUACAACUUCUUCAACCAGGAAAAAAAAAAUCUAUGUUGGUAUAACACAAAACUGUAGCUACUAUAUCAUGACUUAUUCAACCCCAUUGCAAAUCAGGUUUAUUGUUAAAAUGUACAGACUUUCAUCUGUUUGCAAUGAAUAAAUCAAACAAAGCAAUUGAAAAAGUUUAACACAACGAAUGCUUCAAGUGGUUUCCCCAAAUUCAACUGAAAAUGCAACUUAUAAUUUCUCCAGUUUCAAAACUAUUCAACCCCCUGAAUAGAAUCCCUCUCAACAGCACAAAUAUAAUAAUAGAUGUUGUCUCAAGCACAUCUGAGGCAACUAAUCAAGGGCUUCAUUAGUUGCACCAGGUGUGCUUGAUCUGGAACACAUGAAAUACUUGAACUGGCUAUGGGUAGAAAAUACAUGAAAUACCUGGACUGGGCAGAAAAAGGAAGCUAUCAACGGCUGCAUCCAGAUUUCUGAGAAGAAGAUGUUGUGAAAAACCCUCAAGUGACUGCAGAAGACUUGCAGCAAGACUUUGUGGCAACAGGCUCUGAGGUUUCAGUGAGCACAGUAAGGCGCGUACUAAACGCAGAAGGUUUCCAUGCCAGAACUCCAGGACGUACACCACUACUGACCCAGAAGCACAAGAAAAGUCGGCUCAAAGUCAUAUAAGUAAGAAGUAGUUUUGGGAUUCUGUUCUGUGGAGCGAUGAAACAAAACUGGAACUUUUCGGCAUGAUGGAUCAGCGGUACGUCUGGAGGAAGAAGAAUGAAGAACACUCUGUACACAGUCAAGCAUGGUGGAGACUCGGUGAUGCUCUGGGGCUGCUUUGCAUCCUCUGGCCCUGGAACCUGCAGCGUGUGGAAGGCAAGACGGAUUCAUUGAAGUAUCAGGAAAUCCUAGGUGAAAACAUCAUGCCGUCUGUGAAGAAGCUGAAGCUUUGGCGUUAUUGGACCGGCCAACAGGACAAUGAUCCCAAGCAUACCUCAAAAUCCACCAAGGCUUGAAUGCAGGAGAAGUCCUGGAAGAUUCUACAGGGCCAUCACAGUCGCCUGACUUGAACCCCAUAGAAAAUCUCCGGUGGGAUUUGAAGAAGGCGGUUGCAACACGCAAACCAAAAAUCUGGUUUGCAGCAGGUCAUAACAGCAAAAGGCUGCUCUACUAAGUAUUAAAGAUGCUUGCCAUGAAAGGGUUCAUUAAUUUUGAAACUGGAGCGCUCCCACCAAUGGGGUUGAUCACAGGGAUGGUGUUACCUGGGUGUUGGGCUGUAUUUGGUCAGUGUCAGAUAUUAUUCUUUGUCUUUAGACCUCUUUAGUCUCAAAUAUUUUUCCAAUAUUUUUCAGAUUUUCAAACGGCCUUUCUUAGAAGUGGUUUCCUUCAGGCCACUCUCUCAUAAAGGGCAGAACUGUAAACAGCUAACGAUAUUGUUGAGGCCUGCACAGGUUCUCCUAUUUCAGCCAGUGAGAUCUGUAACUCCAUCGGUGCUGUAGCUGAACUCUUGGACACACAUCUGACAAUUGUCCUUCUUGAUCUGAUCAUGGUAGUGUCUGGGUUGUGCCAGAUCUUUUCCACUUUGUUAUUAUGAAUUUCACAGUGCUUAUUGAAAGGACCCACACUUAGCCCAUGUUUUAGUAACGUUCUACAUCUUUUUCUCUCCAAACAACUUCAUCACAAACUGAACGGGUCAGAUUUAUCUAAAAGAGUCCACUCAAAGAGUCAUGAACCACACAUUAUUGAACCACACAUUAUUAUUGAUUCAUCUCUACACGUGGUUCACGAACAAGUCAACUCUUUGAACCGUCGAACUCUUUGAAGUGUCGACUCGUGAAAGUUGGGGGCUGACUCAAAUAUCUAAAGAGCAUAAUAACUUAAUAACAUAAUUUAAUCAGGAUUCUGUAUUAAUGACUGAAGAGCAUCUAGUGAAUCUAAUCAACAUUUGAGCUGUUUGGUACAGCUCAAUGAUUUAGAGUAGAGUUGUCCAGGGAGAUCACUAGAUCCUGAUGUGGGCAUGAAUCACCUGGGAUGAACGGUAGUUUGGUUUUGCUGGGAUUACGUUUCAGCUGAAGAGCUUGAUGAGAUGUUUGCUAGACAUGCUGAGAUCUGAGUAGAAACGAGUGUCUGAGAGAGGAAAGGAGAGGAUGAGUUGAGUGUCAUCCGCAUCAGAGUGGUAAGAAAACCCAUGUGAGGAUAUGACCUCACCAAGACCUCACUGACUUUCAGUAACAUUUUAAUCCCAGUCAGGGUCCUGGUGGAUCUGGCACCUAUACUGGGAAAACCCUGAAUGAGACAAUUCAUUACAGGGCAUCAUGCACACACAUAUUUAUUUCUACAGUGGUAAUUUAUCUUAACCAAUCCACCCAUGAGCAUGUUUCUGGGCGGUGGGAGGAAAGUAGAGAACCAGGAGGAAUGUUAGAUUGCUCAAGGGUCCAGCAGUAGCAGCUUGGCAGAAACAUGCUUCCUAUUGUCCAUGUAGAUUAUGUGUGGUAACUGGUGGCAUGUGUUUCUUUUAAUGCACAGCAUCCAUCUUAAUGCUUCCUGUUGCUCUUAUCAUAGUUCUUAAGUAGCCUAACAAGCACGAACAGUAAACAUGAGAUACUGAAUUUAGCACAAAUGCAAACAAUGUUUUGUUCCUGGUUGUUUCAAUGAUAACACUCGCUUUCCUCUGAGGAUGAGUGUUGCGUGUCCUGUGGCACUGUAUCAUGGUCAUAAUCAUUUUUAAUUAUUAGAAGAGCACAAGGUGGUGAGCAUUGGGACGUUUCAUUUGCCUGUGGCUGUAUUCCCUUUUGAGAUCAUUUUCACACAACACCUGCGUUUGUUAUCUGUGAACUACUAGUUUACAGCAACAUGAUUUACAUGAGUGGAAACAUAAGGGGACACUGUGGUGCACUGCCUCAUGGGACCCAGAAUAAAACAGCUCCAGGAGGUGAAGUUCUCAGACCUCUGAAUCCUGAAGCUCUUUUGGAAUAGUGCUUCCCACAUGUUGAACUCCACAGUUUGUUGUGCUUUUGAGUCUCCCAUCCUGGACCAAGUCCUCCCCCCUGUCCUUUUCAUUGUUCACAGAUAAACCCAGGGGUUGUUAUCUCUGAGCUAGUUCACAGAUAACAACACCUGGGUUUGUUUUUUGUGAUCUAGUUUACAGCAACAUGAUUUGCAUGAAUGGAAACAUAGACACCCUGAGGUGCACUGCCUCAUGGGACGUAGAAUAAAACAGCUCCAGGAGGUAAAGUUCUCAGACCUCUGAAUCCUGAAGCUCUUUUGGAAUAGUGCUUCCCACAUGUCGAACUCCACGGUUUGUUGUGCUUUUGAGUCCCCCAUCCUGGACCAAGUCCUCCCCCCUGUCCUUUUCCUAGAGUUCAUUUUCGGCCUCACGGGGAACAUUUUAGCCCUCUGCAUGUUCGCCUUCCACAUGGAGAGCUGGAAGCCCAACUCCAUCUACCUGGCACAUUUGGCUGUAGCAGACUCCAUGGUGCUUUUCUGUUUGCCGUUCAGAGCCGACUACUACCGCAGGCACAAGGACUGGGUUCACGGGGAUACCUUCUGCCGCAUCCUGCUCUUCCUCCUUGCAGCCAACAGGGCAGCAGGUAUUUUCUUUCUCACAGCGGUGGCAGUGGACCGCUACCUGAAGAUCGUCCACCCGCUCAACCGUAUCAAUCGCAUGGACCUGAGGUAUGCUACGAUGGUGUCUGCAGGCAUGUGGGCAAUGAUAAUAGCCAUGACGGCUUACCUGCUUGGCUCGCCACACUUCUUCAGUUUCGGCAACCGCACCCAAUGCGAGAGCUUCAACAUAUGCAUGGGCAGCAACCCGCUUUCAAACUGGCACAAUGCUUUCUACGUGAUCCAGUUCUGUGUGCCCACAAUCAUAGUCGUCUUCUGUACAGCCUGCAUUACAUGGCAGCUGAAAAACAAGACGAUGGACACCACGGGCAAAAUCAAGAGGGCCGUUCAGUUCAUUUUCAUUGUUGCUAUGGUCUUCAUCAUUUGUUUCUUUCCGAGUACUGCCUCACGGGUCGCCGUUUGGAUAUUGAAGGUCUGGUACACAGAGUGUUCAGACUUCAGUGAGGCGAAUCUGGCUUUUUACACUUCAGUCUGCUUCACCUAUUUCAACAGCGUCCUCAACCCUCUGGUAUACUAUUUCUCCACUCCAGCAUUCAGUGGGACCUUAGAGAACCUUGUUUUGAAACUCAGAGGGAAGAAAACAGGCAGCAUUCUGGCGACAGUAACGCAAGAUUAAAGUAAACUAAGAAAAAAAAAUGCGUGAAAAUGUGAUCAUGAAAUGCUAAACAAUUUCAUGCAUCACUUAGGACAUAAUGUAUAUUCUUUUCCAGCUUUUCACAUUUCAGUUCUCUUAAAUAAUUACAGUUAAUAGCUCAAAGAAUAUAUUGUGCAAUAUUGUUUAUCACUUUGUUAGUAUGUAAUACAGUAAACAUUAACUAAAACAAUAAUAAUAAUAAUAAUAAUAAUAAUAAUAAUAAUAAUAAUAAUACACAUAAAACUUGACUUUCCAUAUUUACUGUACGCUUCAGCAUGUUUAAGUUUGAAAACUGUAUAAAAUGUAUAAAAUGUAACAGUUUAACAUCAGGUAGUAAGUGAAGUUUUCUUUAUUCCUCUUCUCUCUUUAAGUUAUAUAAAAGGUGGUGUAUUCAUGCAGCACACAUAAAUAAAUUUUCUUACUGUUUAUGUUUACUGUAAAGUAAUGAUGUAAUUUUCAGUCUUUAACUGGGCAAACUGAUCAACACAAUUACUAAAGCAAGAAAUUAGUAUGGAAAGCUUUGUUAUUAAAUAAAGUGUAUCAUAUAUACCACAGGAGAUUUAUACUCCGAGUGGCAAUACUUGACUCCUCCCCUUUGUGUAAUAGGGUGAUCGUUAUUCAUUUACACUCAGCUGCCAGGUUAUUUGCAUUUUAUAUGUAUAUACUCAUUGAUUGUAGACCUUCUCUUGCAUGGUGGAUCAUUCUGAGAGUGGUGUUUUGCCGCAGUAUGAGUCUCAUGUACAAGAACCUUCCUGGGGUUUUUAACACACUGAUGUGACUAGUGGGAACAGCUUGAGAACUUUACACCAAUCUCAAAUCUUCAGCCAGCAAGCAGUCCUGUUAGAAACAGACACUAAUGAAGAGCUUGAGGAUGAUUAACAAAGAUUGUGCAUAGUAACAGGUGCAAAAGCGCACAGGAUAUGUUUUAUUGGUGCGAUCAGGUAUACGGACGGCUGUCUAAAAGUAUGUUUCGACCCAUUUCAAAAAUGUAUUUAAAAAAUUAUGCAUUUUGGAAAAAAACAACGCACUUUCCAGUUCAACCACAUGAAGGCAGCUGGGUCUGGGAACCUCUGGUCUGCAUUCAUAUGCAUUUUUCAUUACUUUCUAGGUUGCUUUGUUCAGCUUGUAUUUUUAGACUCCAGUGCUUCAGGAUUCAUCAAAAAUACAGCAGGCUUUUUGUGCGGUUGUGUUCUGCAGCCCAGAUGAGUUCUUGUUAUAAGGAAGAAUGGAUGUAUAAGUAGUGAAAACAAUUCAAAUGAUAUCCAUUCAACCAACUGAAGAAAGUACUUACAUUGAAGUCUUUCUCAAGUCUUAUAAAUUAUUAUUCCAUA